AUGCACCUCUCCUCCCCCCAGGCCCCCAGUAGGCGUGUCAACUCCCCACAGGAUACAGAAAACGAGAUUCAGUCCUCCCCAAGUCCCCAGUAUUCUCCCCAGUUGAGCCCGGACACAGAUUUCCUCCCCAGUUCUUCUUCUUCACCUGAACCGUCUCCCCAGCUCUCCCCAGCACACCAGAAUGCUGCUUUGCCUCCCCAGUCCCCAGUAACUCUCCGAUCUUCGCCCCAGUUUACUCCAGAAGCAUCAGAUGACAUCCCCAGCUUUUCUUCACCCCAGCACACUAAUUUACCUCCCCAGCUUACUCCAGAAACAUCAGAUAAGCUCCCCAGCCUCUCUUCUUCACCCCAAUAA